AUGGGACCUUUCCCACCGUCACAUUCAAAUAACUAUAUUCUAGUGGCAGUUGACUAUGUGUCCAAGUGGGUAGAAGCUGUGGCUUUGCCCACCAAUGAUGCCAAAGUGAGAUAUGGAGUCUGUCAUAAAGUGGCAACCCCCUAUCACCCUCAGAUAAGUGGACAGGUUGAAGUUUCCAACAGGGAGCAUAAGAGGAUUCUAGAAAAGACCGUCAGUAUUUCAAGAAAGGACUGGUCUAGGAAGCUUGAUGAUGCUCUUUGCGCAUACCAGACAGCGUACAAGACUCCCAUUGGCAUGUCCCCUUAUCAGUUGGUCUAUGGCAAAGCCUGUCACUUGCUAGUUGAGCUGGAGCAUAAAGCUUAUUGGGCAAUCAGGUAUCUGAACCUUGAUUUAGAAGUUACAGGAAUUAAGCGAAUGCUUUAG